UAUCUAUCUAUCGCUCUUAUUCUAUCUUUGUCUUUCUACCACUACCACUACCCUUCGGUUCGGUGUUCGCACGUCUCCGAUACGUUCGUUAGCAUAAUAACGCCAGAGCAGCUUCGCCGCGAAGUUAGUCAGUUGUCGGCACUUGGUUCCGAUCGGUCUCUCGUUGUCUCGUAGUCUUAUUCUCGUUUACCGCGGGGUUAUUAUACUCGCGGCCCAGUGGUAAAUACGCUUAAGAAAAGAAGGGAUCAUUCAAGAAGAUCUAAAGCCGCCAAAGAAGUUUCGUCCUACCUGAAUACAGCGAUGGAGUCCUCAUCGUUGGUGGUCGACUACCUUGUCUUCAUCGCCUUUAUUGCCGUUUCUUUCGUUAUCCCAUUGUGGGGCAAGUUUCGCGCACGUAAAAAGACGGAAACCAAGGCCGACUAUGUGUUCGCUACGGGAUCGAGUGUCUCGAUGGGCGCCAUGAUGCUGUCGAUAGCCCGAGGUACCCUGGGAGUUCGUUCUUUCCUUGGAUAUCCGUCGGAACUCUACUAUCGCGGAAGCGCCAUGUGGGAGACGUUGUACGGUAUGCUGCUUGCCUACCCGAUAGUGUGCUUCGUCUUCGUACCGGUUUACUACAGCCUAGGGAUCACAUCCGUUUAUCAGUACUUGGACAUGAGGUUCAAAUCGAAAUUAGUUCGUUGCCUCGCCAGUUUUUCAUACGUCAUCAGAAGUCUUUUGAAUGUCUCUGUAACAGUGUUUACGCCUUGCGUCGCUUUAAAAACUGUAAUUGGUCUUCCUUACUGGGCGAGUAUAUGUGGAAUUACUGCGAUAUCAAUUGUUUUUACAUUAAUGGGAGGAUUGAAAGCUGCAAUACUAUCUGACGUUAUUCAAGGUCUGACGAUGAUUGGAGUUUCAAUAGUAAUUAUAAUUCAUGGGACCGUAGAUGCUGGAGGAUUCAAUACAGUUGUAAAUGUUACUAGUCAACGUGGUCGCCUUGACUUUUUUAAUUUUGACAUGGAUCCGACUAUUCGAGUUAAUACCGUAUCAGCAAUUUUAGGUCAGCUUUUCAUGAGUCUCUCUAUCUUUGGUUGCCAGCAAAACUUUGUCCAGCGUUAUUGCAGCAUGAGCAGUCGUAGUAAAGUUGUUAAAACAAUGAUGGCCAACAUCCCAGUAAUUACCGUACUUUUUUCACUUUCCUGGGUUGUCGGCAUGGUAAUUUUCGCCAAUUAUGCCGACUGUGAUCCAAUGAGUUUAGGCUAUACGUCUAAAUUCGAUGAGAUAGUGCCAUUCUACGUGGAGGAUAAGUUCGUCUAUCUGCCAGGUUUGUUGGGUUUGGUAAUGGCAACACUUUUCAACAGCUCCUUGACUAUUACCGUUUCUAUUCUCAACUCCUUGGCUACCGUCACUUUUGAAGAUUUUCUCGGACAAAUUCCAGCUUUAAAAAAUCUUAAGGAUACACAGCAACUUAAAAUAAUCAAGUCUUUAUCUGUCUUUUACGGUAUUUUUAUUAUUGGUGUUAGUUUCCUUGUUGGAAUGUUAUCGGGUGUGAUCGAAUCAUCAAUGCUUAUGACUUCCGCCACUUCUGGACCACUUCUCGGAGUGUUCGUAUUAGCUAUGUUGGUACCAUGUGCAAAUUGGAAGGGAGCAUCAGCAGGGAUGAUUUUCAGUCAUGUGACGACUCUCUGGUUAACUUUCGGUCGCCUUAGUUUAGAUAUUCCGACCGAGUCUUUGCCACUUUCAACGGAUGGUUGUCAAAAUGACACUUUUUCGUCGCUCUUGGUAAAAUCGAAAGAUGGAAUGCCAGUAUUGUGGUCUAGUGCUACCAAAAACGAUUUAUUUGAUGAGGAAACUCCAGAAAGUAUUCUAGAUAAUAUUUACGGAAUUACUUAUAUGUAUUAUGCAUUAAUAGGGAGUAUGUCGACCAUCAUUGUUGGAAUCAUCGUCAGUUUAUUAACUGCCGAUUCAAAAGAAGAUACAUAUGAAGAACAUUUAUUACAUCCAUAUAUCUUAAAAUUAUCGAAGAUGAUGCCUGGUAAACAAAGAUUGUAUGCCACGAGUUCACACUAUAGUGAAAACAAUAAUACAGCGAAUGGAACUGGACACACAAGUUUCAGUGAUGAUUCGAUAAAGUCAGAAAGAAAGAAGGUAGAGCAUACUGUACAGCUGGAUAAUACUUACAUAGAUAAACUGGAUGCCCUUAAAAAAGUCACACUGGAGGUGACAAAUGAAGUACAAAAAGGUACAAAGCUUUAAAGGGUUUAAAAUCUAAUGUACUUCUAUGAUUCGAGACUGACAAUCCAGCGAAAUAUUAAAUAAAAAAUUAUGGUGCUCUUUUGAUCCUUUAUUUGAUGACUGUGUGAGUAAAAGUGUCUUUUUGUACGUGAAUGAUAUUAAAGCGUUUUUUCUUUUUCUAUUUUUAGUCAUUGAUAGUGUUUAUGAUAACCAGUAUUUGUUGAUCGAUGAGUUAAUUCAGGGUAUAAUAUGAUGAAUACAUGAAUAUAUAAUCGGUUGCUUAGCUGAUAAUCUGAAGAAGAUAUGACCUAGUUGUCUUAUAAAAUUUUUAAAAGACUGUUGUUAGAAGGAUCCAAUUAAGAGACGAUAUAUUUAAUACUCGAUCAACAAACGAUCCAUUUUUCAUCAGUUUCUUUAAUAUAAAAUUAUACAUUGAUUUAUUAAAGCGAAAUGUGUUC